CAAGUCCUGUCUCCCAUGUGGCUAAGAGCCAUUCAGCGGGCCUGGGGGUGGUGCAGGCAGCAGCCCCGGGGCUCCUCAUGCCCUAGGCUGUGCCCCCACACGCAUCCAGUGGCGAUGCUGUGGGCACCUGCCCCCCUGCCGGUGCCCAGGACCUCUCACCUGGUCCCCUUGGUACCCGGCUCAGGCUCAGCGCUCUCAGGAGCGGCAGGGGCGGGCUGGGCGCCUCUGCCUGGCUAAUGACUCCCCGGGCUCACUCCACGCUCGCCUCAGCGGGUGUGCGAGCUGGCGCCCGCCUGUCCCCAAGGACGAGUGCAGUGCUCUCCGUGUCAGACACAGAUGGGACGCUCUCCUGCUGCCAGAGGUGCCCCAUCCUGUGCAGAGCUGCCACAGGACCGUCAAGGACCGGGCUUUGGCUCCUGCCUUCCCCGCCUCCACACCUGCUGCUCUGGGAGUGCACAGCCGCGGAGCUCUUCUCCAGCCCUUUCUGGCUUGGGUCUCACCAAGUUGUCCAGGCAGGCCUGCCUCAACCUCCUGGACACUGGGACGACAGGCCUGCCAUUGUGCCCUGCUCAUGGUUUGCAUUUUGACAGCAUAGGGCAUGUGCUUACAAAAACGUUCAAAUGUGGCACAAGUCCCUGUUCCAAAUUUCAGUGCCCAGAUUGAUCCGGGUUGCAAAUGGCACAUCCAGCAUGUAGGCCCCUUGCUCACGGGCUCCCCACAUGGGUGGGCUGUGACAUGCUAGGCCAAGCCACCAACCCCUCUUGGACAGCCUGAGGGACGGUGCUAGGACCACUCUGACCACUUGGUCCCCCCUCAGGCAGUGGCCAGGAGGGCCUUCAAAGCCUGUGUCUUGUCCCCCACACCCAGCCUCUUCACACCAGACUCUGCCUCCCAGGGCAGACUGAGCAGGUGUCCCAGGCCAUGCAGCCAGAUGGAGCCUCCACAGAAGGGAUCUCAGGGGUUGAGGCCACAGCCAGAAGCAGCACCCCUUUGGGAUACAAGGCAACUGUGCAGGUGGCCGGGAGCUGAGAGCCAGCCCGAGUGAUGUGGCAUGGACACAGGCACAGGUCCAAGCCUUUUUUGGGUUGAAUUUCCACGUGGUAGCCUCUGUGGGCCUCCUGCUUCUACACAGAUGGCCCACAGCAGCAAUGCGGGGUCCCUGGACAGGCUCCUCCCCGCUGUGGCCACCAGGCGCUCACCCCGGAAGCGUACCACCAGCCAGUGCAAGUCCGAGCCACCCCUGCUGCGCACCAGCAAGCGCACCAUCUACACCGCAGGGCGGCCGCCCUGGUACAACGAACACGGCACGCAGUCCAAGGAGGCCUUCGCCAUCGGCCUGGGAGGGGGCAGUGCCUCAGGGAAGACCACCGUGGCCAGGAUGAUCAUCGAGGCUCUGGAUGUGCCCUGGGUGGUCCUGCUGUCCAUGGACUCCUUCUACAAGGUGCUAACGCAGCAGCAGCAGGAGCAGGCCGCCCACAACGACUUCAACUUCGACCACCCAGACGCCUUCGACUUCGACCUCAUCAUCUCCACCCUCAAGAAGCUGAAGCAGGGCAGGAGUGUCCAAGUGCCCAUCUAUGACUUCACCACCCACAGCCGGAAGAAGGACUGGAAAACACUGUACGGUGCCAACGUCAUCAUCUUCGAGGGCAUCAUGGCCUUUGCUGACAAGACGCUGCUGGAGCUCCUGGACAUGAGGAUCUUCGUGGACACGGACUCCGACAUCCGCCUAGUGCGGCGGCUGCGCAGGGACAUCAGCGAGCGAGGCCGGGACAUUGAAGGUGUCAUCAAACAGUACCACAAGUUUGUGAAGCCUGCCUUCGACCAGUACAUCCAGCCCACCAUGCGCCUGGCAGACAUCGUGGUGCCCAGAGGGAGUGGGAACGCGGUGGCCAUCGAUCUGAUCGUGCAGCACGUGCACAGCCAGCUGGAGGAGAGGAAGCUGCGCUGGGAUAUGGCGGCGCUGGCCUCGGCGCACCAGUGCCACCCGCUUCCCCAAACGCUGAGCGUCCUCAAGAGCACCCCGCAAGUGCGCGGUAUGCACACCAUCAUCAGGGACAGGGAGACCAGUCGGGACGAGUUCAUCUUCUACUCCAAGAGGCUGAUGCGGCUGCUCAUCGAGCAUGCGCUUUCCUUCCUGCCCUUCCAGGACUGCGUGGUGCAGACCCCCCAGGGGCAGGACUACGCGGGCAAGUGCUACGCCGGGAAGCAGAUCACCGGAGUGUCCAUCCUGCGCGCUGGGGAGACCAUGGAGCCUGCACUGCGCGCUGUGUGCAAAGACGUGCGCAUAGGCACCAUCCUCAUCCAGACCAACCAGCUCACCGGGGAGCCGGAGCUCCACUACCUGCGGCUACCCAAGGACAUCAGUGAUGACCACGUGAUCCUGAUGGACUGUACAGUGUCCACUGGUGCUGCGGCCAUGAUGGCCGUCCGUGUCCUCCUGGACCAUGACGUGCCCGAGGACAAGAUCUUCUUGUUGUCACUGCUGAUGGCAGAGAUGGGUGUCCACUCUGUGGCCUAUGCUUUCCCAAGAGUGAGAAUCAUCACCACGGCUGUGGACAAACGGGUCAAUGACCUUUUCCGCAUCAUCCCAGGCAUAGGGAACUUCGGGGAUCGUUACUUUGGGACGGAUGCAGUCCCUGAUGGCAGCGACGAGGAGGAGGUGGUUUCCACCGGCUAGGUGCCCAGGCUGACCCACCCUGUCCCCACCCAACCUCCUCCUGCCUCCUGGUGUGGGUAGGAGGAGGUUAAUUUAAUUUCAAAAAACGAUACCAAUAAAAACAAUCUACACAUUUUGUAAAAUAAAGCUUUAGAAAA